UGGAUCCCGCAGGGCACAGCGCAUUCCCGGCGGGCCCGGCCGCCCUCCUGCACCGGCGGAUGGGCGAGGCGGUGGCCCGGGUGGCCAGGAAGGUGAACGACACGGUGGAGAACAAGGCGGAUUCCCUGGAUCUGGCCAACUGCAAGCUGAUGUCCUUCCCUGUUGGAGUCUACAAAGCCGUGAGGAGCGUCACCGAGGGCAUCCACCGCAUCUCCCUGGCCAACAAUGAGCUCAAGUCCAUCACCAGCCGGUUUGUCACCACCUUCAGCCAGCUGAGAGAUCUGAACCUGGCAGGGAAUUACCUGCACCGGCUGCCCGAGGAGAUCAGGUCCCUGCUGCACCUCCGCACCAUCGACCUCUCCCGAAACCGCUUCCGCCGCUUCCCGGAGCCCCUGGCCACCGUGCCCGCCCUGGAGAGCAUCGACCUGGAGGAGAACGAGAUCGCAGAGGUGCCCACGGACAAAUUGGCCUCCAUGGCGCUGCUGCGGAGCCUCAACCUGCGAGCCAACCCCGUGGGCCCCGAGGUGCGGCUGCUGGUCCGGCCCCUGGUUCCCUUCGAGCUGCUGCUGUCUCCAGAGGAGCCCAUCCAUCCCUGAAUCCUGGCAGCAUUCCCGGGUGCCCGAGCUGUCCCCAGGGGGAGCUGCCCACACAGGGGUUUGGUUUGGCUCAGUCCCUGCUGCGCCCCCGUUUCUGCCCCAAAGCGGGUCCCAAACCCGAGCCAGUGCCUCGUUUUUCCCAAAUUCAAAGCAGGCAGCGGGGCUCUCCCAUGGAGGGAUGGUUCUGCCAAAUCCCGAGCCAGGCAACCUUCUGCUUAUGCGUUUUGGGGGUACAGAGGAGCUGCAACACAUGGGGUGGGAGGUUGGGGUGGAGUGGGGGGAUCUGGAUGUGCACCCUCCCACCCGAGAGCAUCAGGAUGGUGGAGGACAUCCCUGCAGCUGGAAGGGCUCUCCCUGGAAUUGCUGACACGGUGGUGGUGUGCCAAGUGCCUGAUUAAAUGCUUUCCUGUUACCUCGGGGGGUUUGUGUCUGAUUAAAUUCCAAUUCCCAGCCUUGUCUUUGGAGAAACCCCUUUGCACAGCUACUCUCUGCAGCCUCCAGGCUGGAUUCUCCCAGACCCAAGCUGUACUUCCCUGGAAAAAUCCUUGUUUUCCAAGGAACUUUUCUUCCCUCCUGUUGUGUCACCGUGGAAGCCAAAGUGACCCAAAGCCAGUGGCUGUCCCCAGAAGUGUGUGCCCACCUCUGGAGCUGUGGGUCCUCAAGUUAUGCUGAUCCCUUCCCAGGAAGAAAUGUCCUGGAGAGGGCGGCUUCUUGGAGGCAGGCAGGACUCUGCCAAGCACACCCAUGUCCCUUAGCAGCUGGCUGCCUGCAAAAAAACUCAAAAACUUCCUGGGAGAAACCCCAGGUGUUAUCUCCAAACACCUUGUUUAAACAUCUCCCUUGUUUGUUCCUUUGGGUAUUUAAGGGACAAACACUUCCCAAUGCUGUGUGCGGGCUGGGGACAGCCAGGAAUGGUAAAUCCUGUAAAUAUUUGACUUUUAGAUUUGCCAAACUUUGGUACAAGAUUAUGGUAAGAGAUGUUGGGCAUGCUGGAGGAGCUGGGUUGAGCGGAGCAGCCUGAAGCCAGGACCAGCAUCCCUGAACAUCGCGCUGCUUCUCCCUCUGGUGGAUUGAUGCAUGGGGGAUCCCCCCACUCGUCUUGAGGCUCAUUUUCCUCCCGCGAUGGCCAGGAGCGCUGCUGGGGGACACCGUCCAUCAGCUGCCAGCAUCACUGCGGGGACCUCGGCGGCCGCGGGGGACACAGACCGGGAC